UUUCACUUCACUCGCGUGGAACCAAUGAUCUGCUGGUAGAGGGAGUGCUGGUGUUGGGGGGGCUGGUAAAGGUGGGAGGGGUUGACAUAGAGAUGUACAGGACAGGACACCCUCAUGCUUAACUCCAUAAACCUCACCGCAUUUUGCUGCCGCAGCUGUUGUGGCGCACACGGGGAGCAGAGAGGUAUGCUUUUUUUGGGGUGAUUCUGUUGGUUCCGGUGACGGCUUUUUUUUUAACGCUGAUCAGCGAUCACCCAACGCGUUUCUCUUCAGGAAGACAAAAAAACCUAAGGAAGAACCGGAAUGUUAUCACCCACUCUGUCGUCGGUUUCCACAGAGCAGUGAAGACGCUGCUCGUUUACCAUGAGCUGCUUGGAUGUUAUGUACCCAGCCUAUGGACAUUACGCAGCGUACGCCCCGUCUGUUCCUGCUUUAAUCAACAGCGUACAGGCUCCCACAGGUCUGAGCAGCACUUCUCUCUGCCGGGAUUUUAUGGACACUCCCAGGGGUCCUGAGGGGAUGCCUGGGGGCCCAGGCACUGGAGGAUCAACUUCCUCCUUAUCUUCAUCCAACUCUUCCUCUUCCUCCUACACGCCUGCAGCUUUAAGGCCAGAGGAGGGCCCCAAGGAGAAGCAGGAGGCCCCUGAGGCAGAGUACCUGACUUCUCGCUGUGUCCUCUUCAGCUACUACCAUGGAGAUAUCAGCAGCGUGGUGGACGAGCACUUCUCCAGGGCCCUCAGCUCCUACAUGGACGGGGAGGGCAAACGGCGGGCACCAGACCAACAGGGCACAGAUACCCCUUCAUCUAGCAGUCGACGGAGCUUCCCCCCAUCCUUCUGGGACAGUAACUACUCCUCGCCACAGAGCCGCUCCCACUGCGAGACGAGUGCGCCCUCCUAUUCCAUGGACCCAUACGCAUCCGCAUUGCACCCCGCCCUGCCGCACCCACACGCUCACCCUCACCCUCACGCCCACCCUCACCCUCACCCAACAGAGGGCUGGGGAUAUCCCCAAGCGCCAGCCUACGGCCACCCACGUCCUCUGCACGAACUGUAUUCACCGUCAGCUUUGGAGCCCCAUUACGGGCCCCUGCUGAUGCCCACAGUGAGGCCGCCUCAUCCCCUCACCUUGCCGAGCCACUAUGACAUGAGCAAGCUGGAGCCCACCGCCUCCUGGCCCGGCCUGCUUCCACCAGGAGACGUCAGCCAGACGCUGACGCUCAACAUGGACGCAGGCCUCCAGCAGCACAAGAAAGGCAAGGAGCUGUACUGGUUCUAACGAGCCCUUCAGUCACAUUGACCAGCCAUUACCAGAUCCAAUUAGUCCCUGGACCUGCUCCGCUAUUGAAUCAGCGUGUCCCUUUAUCCCCCCCACACACUCCAUCCCCAUCCAUCCACCCCCUUCUCCCGGCUCUUGGCCUCCCCUGCCAGCACACAGCCUUGCUCCAGGUCGACGUGUGUGCACCAUGGAGAUAAAGCAGGGGGAGAGAAAGAGAGAGAGAGAGAGACUGACAGAGUGUCACUGCUUGCACUCUCUCUUUCCUAUCCCUCUCCCUCUCCCUCUCUCUCUCUCUCCCUCUCUCUCUCUCUCUCGCCACGCUGCCGGUGCAGCACAGACCUUGGCAAGGUGGUAGCCACAGUGACCUGUUUGGACUGAGAGAGACAGGAUCACAACAGACCUCAGCAGAGGACAGGGGGGAUGAGUACGGGCGAGCAGGGAUUCCCUCCAACCUCCCUGGCUAUCUCUGCCUCGUGCUCUUUGUUGGUACAGCGGUUGUCAUCAUCCACUUAUCUGCAUUUCACAAAUGCAGCGAUAAACAGGAGCAGCAAUUAUGGUGGUUCAUGCUUUGUGACGGUCAUCAGGAUGCCUUUUUGGUUGUUAUUUAAUGUUUCUCUCGGAAAUAAAGUGUUUCUAUUUAUUGGUGUUUAUGUGCAUUUCUAAAAUGUUUGGUUAGGCCAGUGAUCUCAAAUGAUUGUGAUUUGUUUUUCUGAAAGGGAGAGGCGAUAGAGAUGAACACAAUGUUUUUUUUUGGUGAACAUUAUCAUCUGAAAAAAAGUGUUCAUUUCAACAAGUAUCUGUUUGCUGUGAACAGACUCAAAUCUUGUGAUCUUUCAAUUUAAUAAUGUUUUAUUUCCGAACUUUAUAUCCGUUUCAUUCUUAGAUGUUUUGAAUUUGGGCUUUCUAAAUACUUCUGCGUUGGUCUCGUGUCCAAGAAGAUUUUGAUGUCAAUAAAUAUUUUUAUGGUAAAAUGGCACUCCUCAUAAAUGUUUACUUUCCACUGCAUUGUGAUGAUUUAACUAAUUUAGGUAUUUUAGUUUAGCUGGAAAAAAACAAACUUGUACUUUGAAAGUAUACAUUUGAAUAUUUCCUCUUAGAGAAAUGUGUAAUUAUUGGGUAGCCAACUCUUGGUAAAGUCAAUGAGGUUUGAUGUUUGAUGAAGGCUUUUGGAUCAGUUAUUGAUUUCCUCCACUAAUAUAUAGUGUGUGGAUAUUUGGGUUGUGUGAAUCCUAGAGACAUCAGCACAGCCAGAUGUGGUCAAGGUUGCGCUGUGUAACUUGCCUUAUUUAUAAAGCCUUCCAUUAGAAUUCCUGCUUGCAUUCACAGUUUGUCACCUAUAAAGUGGGAACGAGUGGGGAACGCCAGCAAUGUGCAACUAGAGAUGAAGCCUGCCAUUUCAGCU